AUGAAAGGCCCUUCGUGGUCGGAGAUGAACAAGGUUGCUGGAUACAGUCAGAAACAAAACAGAUCUGGAGAAAACAGAUGCAAAUCUGGAGGAAUAGGAAGUAGAUCUAGAGGAAUUGAAAGCAGAUCUAGAGAGGUCGAAGACGAACACAAAUCUGAAGGUGUGGAGGAAGACAUCUGCGGUGAUACUUGCGUUCGACGUGCUGAAAUCAGAAAAAUAAAACUCAAUGAUCAAACAAUUCUUCGCCCUUCUUCGAUCUUGACCGAACCACACCAUGAUGUUAUAAUUGCCAAACAGAUAAUUGAAGAACGGACCGCAAAAUUGAAAAAACAAGAGGCAAGCACUACAUACUUACAAGCAUUUGCUGAAAUUUCAGGUGGUUUCUACCAGCUGAUGCCGCCUCUUUCGUUGCUCUCCGACAUCACAACCCAACUCCGCUGCUGCCAUUAA